AUGGAAGAAAUAACAGAAGAAAUGGAAGAGCUUCUGCCAGAGAUGAGCCAAGCGUUCAAAAUCAUGGCAAUGGGCCUCGAAAUAACAGAGGGACUCGAAGUGGAAACGAUUUCAAUCGCAGAAACAACACUAGAAGUUCAGUUCCUCGACGUCCCCAAACAGCAAGCAGUGCUAGACGAAAUCCCAAUGCUACUGGCUGGGAAAGCCAAGAAUGGCCUGUGA